AUGGAUGAGGUUGUGACCUGCUGGAAAACUGCAGUGGACACGCUGCUCAUGCCAGCAAAGUUGCCACCAGAGCAGCUAAAAUUGCUUGAUCUGCAUCUCCCACUACCAGCCUGGUUGUCACCAAUUCGCAAAGGACUCCUGGAAGCUGUCAAUGGAAUCUGCACAGAAUUCGCCACAUCCGUCAAGCAUGCGCAGAGCACUCUUCUUUCUCCAUCUGAUUUUGGCAAGCCCAGUGGCUGGGGGAAGGGCCAAGAUGAUGUCACUCGUAUUAUGUGCCUCCGUCCAACCUCGAAGAACAGUGUUCCAGUGUGCGCGCUACAUGACGUUUUCCGCCAAUUCAUCAUCGACGCUACCAGUUCCCUUCCUGAGGACUGCAGCACCACAGUCGAUGCUGUGAAGUCGGCCCAGAUGUUGUGCAGCAUGAUGGGCGAACAUUUCAAGGAUGAGGCGGCACGAACCAAUCAAUUCGACACUGGCGUUGAGUCGCUGUUCGAACGCCAGCGCUGGUCCCACAAGUACCAGUUCAAUGCAUCGUCAGACCUCCGUUACGGUGAGGUCGAUUGCGUUUUCCUCGCAGAUGGAAGCAUACUGAUCAUCUUGUGUGAGGACAAGUGGGAGCCCAGACAAGGAGUUAGCGAUGUCUACAUGCAACCGGCGCGCGACUACGACCUUGCCGUGAAAGUCUUGGAGCAGAAUGAACGGCAUGAUCCAAGGUGGACGAGUUUUUUAGCGCAGGGCUCACCGAUGUUCCUCGUCUCUGUGUUAGGAGCUCAGCUGUCUGUACUGGGGGGCUUCUAUGAUGGCAAACAUGUCAUCGUGGAGCCAUUACAGGAUACCUAUUACAUGCUACAUGAUAGCAGGGGCAUACGACAGGAUAGGCUUGCGAAGGUGCUCUAUGCACUGGCAAAAGGGCGAUCUACACUAGAAAGGUUGAACCUGAACGAAAUGCCACCGACAUUUCCCUCCUCGACACCGCGGAUCUACGAGUCGGUCACGUUGUAUGCGAAAUCAGGAGCCUCCACACCAGGCAAGCUCGUGUUCGAAGAUCGUCUCUUGACAAGUAGCCAGCGGUGGCUGUUCCAUGCCACCUUGUUGACCCCUUCCCGUCUGCGUUCUCCCACCCCAGUGGUGGUCAAGUUGAUCGACGGAUCGUACAGCGAACAUGUUCAUCAGCUCUUGGCUCGACACCAUCUCGCCCCUACCCUUUAUGGAUGUGCACAUCGUGAAGGUGCUCCUACCACCUACGUCAUGGAGUACCUUGGAUCGGACUGGGAGACGCUGUCCCAAUUCUCCGAGAAGAAACCGCAUGGCAGAGUUGCAGCUCCCACAGCUGCAGAUCCCAUCUGGGCAUCACUGAACCAACUGCUGGCGAUACUGGAGCAGCAGCAGUUUGUGCACGGUGACCUCAGGAUGAACAACAUCAUGGUGCAGGUUAAUCAAGAUGGCAAGGCAGUCAUACAGAAAGGGAAGAAGAAGGCAUGCAUCAAAGUGAUCGACUUCGAUUGGGCUGGAAAUGCUGGGCAGGUGCGAUAUCCUCAGUCACGCAACAAGACUCUAACAGAUAUCACGUGGCCUGGGACACCUGGCGGUCCAAUUAACCCUGGUCACGAUCGCCGAUUGGUGGAAUCAUGGUGGUCAAAGUGGAAACAUUGA